UUUGGCCCACCCUUGAGAUCACGGAAGUAUCAAGCUCUCGUACUGAACAUAUUUUUUCCUGUAGUGAGUAUAUUUUCUGCAGUCAUCAGCAUAGCAAUAAAGACUAAUGGCUUUUGUUUUAAACUGAGAGCACUUUGAUCAAAGUCAGCACAUUCUGUUUAUUUUUGUUUUGGAACAAAGAAUUUGGGGGGUUUCAACUUCCUUGUUUUGUUUUCUGUGACAAACACUACCUUUGGCUAUUUGAAUUUAAGUCAAAGUGUCUGCUCUAUGCAAACAAGGGAGUGCCACGGACUGGAAAACUCAGAAUACUCCACAGAUGGUGUGCUAGGCGAUACUGGAACAAGGGCAUACCAUGGCCAAGAGAGUUGCAGUGAUCGGAGCUGGUGUGAGUGGCCUAUCCUCCAUCAAAUGCUGCUUGGAUGAGGACCUGGAGCCCACCUGCUUUGAGAGAAGUAAUGACAUCGGAGGACUAUGGAAGUUUACUGAAUCUUCUAAAGAUGGGAUGACCCGGGUCUACAGAUCCUUAAUAACAAACAUCUGCAAGGAAAUGUCCUGUUACAGUGACUUCCCUUUCCCCGAAGAUUAUCCCAAUUUUAUGAACCAAGAAAAAUUUUGGAACUAUCUCCAAGAAUUUGCUGAGCACUUUGAUCUCCUGAAAUACAUUCAAUUUAAGACCACCGUGUGCAGUGUAACAAAGCGUCCAGACUUCUCCAACACUGGCCAGUGGGAUGUUGUCACAGAGACAGAGGGUAAGCAGGAUAGAGCCACUUUUGACGCUGUCAUGGUUUGCACUGGGCAUUUCCUGAAUCCUCGUCUACCUUUGGAGUCCUUUGCUGGAAUCCAUAAGUUCAAAGGCCAGAUUCUGCACAGUCAAGAGUACAAGAUCCCAGAAGGCUUUCAAGGCAAACGCGUCUUGGUGGUCGGUCUUGGGAACACGGGAGGAGACAUUGCCGUGGAGCUCAGCCGAACGGCAGCUGAGGUACUUCUCAGUACUAGAACUGGUACCUGGGUGCGCAGCCGCUCUUCAAAUGGGGGCUACCCUAUUAACAUGAUGGAUACAAGAAGAUACUAUAAUCUUAUCAGACAAGUUCUGCCUUCAUGUGUCCUCAACUGGAUUGAAGAGAGGCAGAUGAAUAAGCGAUUUAAUCAUGAGAAUUAUGGAUUAAGUAUUGUAAAGGGGAAAAAACCAAAAUCGAUUGUCAACGAUGAGCUGCCAACCUGUAUCCUCUGUGGAACAGUCACCAUGAAAUCCAGCGUGCUGGAGUUUACAGAAACCUCUGCCGUCUUUGAAGAUGGGACGGUGGAAGAAAACAUUGACAGUGUGAUCUUCACUACAGGAUAUACCUUUUCUUUUCCUUUUCUUGAAGAACCUCUCAGAAGCCUCUGUAUGAAUAAGAUAUUCCUAUACAAGCGGGUCUUUCCCUCGAGUCUGGAAAGAGCAACAUUCGCCAUCAUUGGCCUGAUCAGCCUGAAAGGGUCCAUCUUAGCAGCCACAGAGCUCCAGGCACGAUGGGUCACAAGAGUAUUCAAAGGACUCUGUAAGAUACCUCCUUCCCAAAAAUUGAUGGCUGAGGCUACCAAAAAAGAACAGCUCAUUAAAAGGGGUGUGAUUAAAAAUACCUAUGAAGACAAACUCGACUACAUUCCCUACAUGGAUGAGCUUGCUGCAUGUGUAGGCGCAAAGCCCAGCAUCCCAUUUUUGUUCCUCAAGGAUCCCAGACUAGCUUGGGAAGUUUUCUUUGGACCAUGCACCCCUUACCAAUACCGCCUCACAGGCCCUGGAACAUGGGAUGGAGCCAGAAAUGCCAUCCUGACCCAGUGGGACAGGACAAUGAAGCCUUUAAAAACUCGGACUGUUCCUGAUUCCUCCAAGCCUCCUUCCAGGUUAUGUUAUUUAAAAACUUGGGGGGCACCUGUCCUACUUGCCUCUCUUCUACUUAUUUGUAAAUCACCUUUUUUGAAACUGCUACAAGAUAGACUAUGGGGUAGAAUUCCCCCUUAUCUAGCAUGUAUUUGGCAAGGAUGAACCUGAUUGGUCCUGAGGGUUGCACCAAAUCAUAUUAAUUCCAUCUCCAAGUAUCAUGUGCAGCCCUCCUCUCCUCUCCAUAAUAACUGCUAUAACCCAAGUUCAGGUCCAAUCAUCUCUUAUUUGAAUUAUUAUAUGGUCUUCCUCUUUGUUCUGGAUACUUUCUUACCUCCUAAACCAUUGUUCUAAAAUAAAUAUAAAGGGUGUCAAAAACACAUAAACACAUUUUAAGAAAGGAAAAAACUGUAUUAAAAUUGCAAUACUCAAAUCACAUUUGACUUCUGCAAUUAUAAGAGGUGCUCAAACCAAAAAAAAAAGAGGUGCUCAAACAUGACAUAUUCAUCUUUUGUUGUCGGUAUAUAUUGAGAAUUACAAUUUUAAUACAGGUUUUUCAUUUCUUAAACUGUGUAUGUAUUAUUUACACCCUCUGUAUGUGAUUAUUGUUUCCAUCAAGGUCAUUGUUUCCAGGGCUCAAAGAGUAGGGCACCGGCCCCAUAUACCAGAGGUGGUGGGUUCAAACCCAGCCCCAGCCAAAACCUGCCAAAAGGUCAUUGUUUCCAACUGAAGUUAGGCCAUUUGUGGAAUUUUAUUUUAUUUUAUUAUUAGUAUUAUUAUUUUUGAGACAGAGUUUUGCUUUGUGACCCUCGGUAGAGUGCUGUACUGUCACAGCUCAGAGCAACCUCCAACUCCUGGGCUUAGGCAAUUCUCUUGCCUCAGCCCCCCAAGUAGCUGGGACAACAGGCACCCACCACAACACCCAUCUUUUUUUUGUUGCAGUUUGGCUGGGGCCAGGUUCGAACCUGCCACCCUCGGUAUAUGAGGUCGGCGCCCUACCCACUGAGCCACAGGCGCUGCCCCAUUUGUGGAAAUUUUAAUAGAGACUGUAUUUGAAAAGAUUUGGGCAGAGUACACAUAUAGGAAAGUCAAUUGUAAAGAAUAUAGAUUAAAUAUAAUGCUUGAAAAUCAAGAAAGCAUUUUUCAGGCAUGUUGCCAAAAGUAUACAUACUCUACUGUACUUUUCCAUAUUUCUUUUUUUUUUUUUUUUUUUUUUUUUGUAGAGACAGAGUCUCACUUUAUGGCCCUUGGUAGAGGGCCAUGGCAUCACACAGCUCACAGCAACCUCCAACUCCUGGGCUUAAGCGAUUCUCUUGCCUCAGCCUCCCAAGUAGCUGGGACUACAGGCGCCCGCCACAACGCCCAGCUAUUUUUUGGUUGCAGUUCAAACCAGGGCCAGGUUUGAACCGCCACCCUCAGUAUAUGGGGCUGGCGCGUUACCAACUGAGCCACAGGUGCCGCCCUACUUUUCCAUAUUUCAACUGUAUCUUUCUUAGCAUAAAACAAUGAUUUUAAAAUGUCAUCUACUGAGAGUUCAAUCAAUUCCAUCUGUAGUUCUUUAAGUGCCUUGGUGAUAUCAACUAGGUGAGACUAAAAUGCUAAUUUGAGUCUGAUGUCAUGAUUCUCAAAGUCAGUGAACCUUUCACUGUAUUCUCCAGUUAAUAGGUCAAUAACAGCUGUAUCUUAUAAAAUGAUUUGCAUAUAUCAUCCUACUCAUCGAUGACCUUUGCUAACUGGGGAAAAGCUCAUCCAAAAUUUCCUCUUGAAGAAGUUGUUUUUUGAAAAAAAGAUAACUUGGCUUGGCGCCUGUGGCUCAAGCGGCUAGGGCGCCAGCCACAUACACCUGAGCUGGUGGGUUCAAAUCCAGCCCAGGCCCACCAAACAAUAAUGACAGCUGCAACCAAAAAAUAGCCGGGCAUUGUGGCGGGCGCCUGUAGUCCCAGCUACAGGGAGCUGUAGGCAGGAGACUCGCUUGAGCCCAGGAGUUGGAGGUUGCUGUGAGCUGUGAUGCCGUGGCACUCUACCCAGGGUGACAGCUUGAGGCUAUGUCUCCAAAAAAAAAAGAAAAAAGAUAACUCGCUUUCAAAAUUCUUGGAUAUUUUGCCCAUCUCAUACAUAAUCUUAGUUUCACCUUUCAAAGAAAUAAUUCAAGUCAUUUUGAUUUGACUUGAUAGCACAAAGAAAUGCUACAUUCCUAUAGAAAUCUUUCAAUAAUGCACAUUGUGAUUCUGUUCUUCAUAAUAUUUAAGUAUCUGUUCUUGCAGAGAUAAAAUUUUGGCUAACACCUGACCCUGCACUAGCCGAUGUACUUUAGAAUGAUAUGGCAAAUCCACACUCAAUAUCUCAUGGUUCAACUUGACAGUGAUACAAAACUUACAAUACUUAACAACUUGGCUCAGCACCUGUAGCUCAAGCGGCUAAGGCGUCAGCCACAUACACCAGAGCUAGUGGGUUCGAAGACAGCUUGGGCCUGCCAAACAACGACAACUACAACCAAAAAAUAGCUGGGCAUUGUGGCAGGCGCCUGUAGUCCCAGCUACCCUGUUUACCCAAAAAUAAGACAGUGUCUUAUUUUAAGCUGUGCUCCCAAAGAUGCACUAGGUCUUAUUUUCAGGGGACGUCUUAUCUUUCCUGUAAGUAGGUCUUAUUUUCGGGGAUGUCUUAUUUUCGGGGAAACAGGGUACUUGGGAGGCGGAGGCAAGAGAAUCACUUAAAGCCAAGAGUUUGAGGUUGCUGUGAGCUGUGAUGCCAGGGCACUCUACCCAGGGCCACACCUUGUGACUCUGUCUCAAAAAAAAAAAAAAAAAAGCAGACUGACAGGUUCUGGCAUAGAACCAGGGUAAGGGUCUACAAGAAAGGAAAAGAGGUCAUUCCAGGGACAAGGAAAGAUUUUAACAGAGAGGAAAAGCAGAAUGGAGACUGACCAGGUGUCAGCUCAGCCCCCACACACUUGCAAAAGGCUUUUAUUAGCUUUAUUGGUAUAGCUGGAAUGGGUGAGUGAGCCUGCAUACUGCCUGCCUGGGCUCUUCUCUAGUCCAGGUCGGGAUUCUGGGUGUACCCUUAGGGUUAGGAUUAUGGGUGUAUCCUUAGUAGGGGCCAGGGUAUGGGUAGGGUGUUUGUAGGAACUCUGGCCUUGAGGUACUCCAGCAGUCUGGGGAAGGGAUUAUUGGUUUCCCACCUGAUUUUCUAAAAUGUCUGCAUUCCUGUCAGGCUUAUGAGGACUCCCUUCUCACGGAGAGUACCCUGGGAAUUUAGGAGAGACCCUGUCUCUACAAAAAAAUUAAAAAGUUGGAAAAA